AUGGAGGAAGAGAACCACACCAGCCAGCCCACCGACUCGGUGGAGAAGGCGGCCGAUCAACCCGAGGCCCAAAACAUUCCAGUCGGGGGAGAUGCACAUGCUACGGCUGCACCCGAGACCGCGGAAGCCCCUAACGUUCCAGCCGUUGACCUGGAGGAUCCUACCACUACCACUGCCAACGACACGGCAGACUCAGACGGCACGAAAGAGGCACUCGACAAUGACGAGGCGCAGCCAAGUGCUGAGGACCCACUUGAGGAGGACUCACACAUAAGCCUGCGUGGAGAGCCAGAGUUCGACUCACAUGAAGAGCCAUCAAUCCAAGAAGAACCCACACAAGAAGAUCACUCGGAGGCGGAUGUUCACGAAGACACAGAGAACGGACAAGAUGGAUCGUCAUCAUCUGCCAUUGCCGACGCACAACACGAUCAUCCCGAAGAGCCCACCCUCGCCUCUGACCCAAACGAAAGCCACGACGCAUCUGAGCUCGAAGGCACAGGCGACGAUAACGAGACACGAGAUGGAACAGAAAUCUCGUCAAGGAGAAGUUCGGGAGCAUCCGAUCUGCAGAGGCGCCACUCCGAGGACGAGACUGCACAAGAAGAGCAAGAUAGUGCCGACGAGUCCGUCAUGAGCUCCGCAAAUGAUACCGAAGACCGGGACACGACCAUCCACGGGGAUUUGGAUCAGAAUGGUCCAAGUCGACCCGAGUCUUCUGCUUCCCGGUCCGUUCAUUCUUCAGAAGGCGAUGCCGCUGAGAACAGCUCGCAUAACAGCACAGAGGACGACGUGUUUAGUGAUCGCAGCCCUCGCACGUCCAUCCAUUCCUCAGAUGAGCACUACGAUGGCGAUUCGGUCGAGGCCAUGACUGAGAAGGGCGACCAGUCCCCUUACGUGCGAUCCCGUGUCGCCUCUGGCGUGUCCACUUCCGAUGCCUCGGUCAUAUCUGAGCAGUCUCGGCUUUCACGUUACGACAAGGAGGACUUUUUUCCAACCUCACGUACCAAUAGACCUGCAUUCCGAAGUCCGUCUUCAGUUCGGGCCAUGCAGAUGUCAUCCCCCACACCAUCCAUUUACUCAUCACCUACUCGUUCUGCCAAGAGGCAGCAUGGCUUGCCCACAAUCUCAAGGCUCGGGAGUCCAUCGGUGUCGGCUCAAUACCCGCCUAAAGGGCGAUCAACGCCGACACGAUUCAAGCGACCAGAGCCAGCGCCGCUGGUCCUGCUUCACGUCACACUGCUCCCACUUCGCUGGGCUUAUGGAGAAGUGGUGAAUUAUUUCGAAAGCAAGAAAAUACCACCGGUCUCAUUCUCCAGCGAGGGGGUCAAGAACCUGCGUGGAGCCUGGCGUCAGCUGCAGGAUCGCCUUGGUGACACUGAGAUGGAACGAGGCAUCCUCCUCCCCCACCCUCAGAAUGACUACGAAAUUCUCGAGGAGCGUCUCUUAGAGGCCCUUGAGCUGCCUUUGCGACGCCGAGCCCGCAUCCUGGAAUGUGGUCAUUAUCUGGGACCUUCGAAUGAGAUGACGCCCAGUUCCGACCUUGAGGACGAUUCGGAGGACACUAGCGAUACUGAAGAUUCUGAAGCCAGUGGCAAAAAGGAGAAGAGACAUUGGUGCAAGACCUGCCGUGGAGACAUCAAAUACGAAGAGCUUGGGUCGGAAAGGGUCUUCCGCAUCAAGGUUUACGCUAGCAACGGGCUUAUGAGUCCUGGUGCUUGGGAAGCCUGCUGGAAGGAGAUGGAGCGAGUUGACAUUGAAGUGGAGCCCAUCACUGGCUCACCCCUCCAACAGGAGCUGUCCAAGCUUGGUGCCCUGUUCGACCAGGAGCACCAGCAACGCCUCGAUCAGCAGGCCGAAGAGCAAGAGCGUCUGCAGUUUGAAGAAGAGCAGCGCCUUCAGAUGGAGGAAGAGCGACGUCAACAAUUGGAUGAAGAGCGCCAGCAGCUGGAAGCUCAACGCCAGCAAUUCGAGGAGGAGCGACGCCGUUCUCUGGAAGAAUCACAGAAGAAGCUCGAAGAAGAACGCCGACAAGCCGAGAAAGAGCAACGUGAGCGGAUCGAGCAAGAGCGUCGGCAAGAGUUUGAGGAGGAGCGCCAGCUAUUGGAUGCUCAACGACGGGAAUUCGAGGAGCAACGCCAAGAGCUUGAUAGCCAACGAAAGAUGAUCGAACAAGAGCAACGGCAGCAUCUUGAGGAGGCUCGACGCCAAGAACUUGAGGAAGAGCAUCGGCUGCUUGAUGAACAGCGCCAGCAACUCGAGGAAGCACGCCAACAAUUCGAAGUGGAACGACGCCAGCGUCUUGAAGAGGAAGAGCUCAGACGGCUGCAAAGGGAAGAAGAGGAGCAGAAGCAGCUCUCUUCAGCACGCUCUAUCUCUCGCUCGUCAUUCGUGGAGGAUGACCUAGCUUCACCGGCUCUCGAGACAGCUAGCUCCACUGAUGUCGACGGUCGUCGGCGUGAUUCUGAGCGACUCCGAGAGAUCUAUGGCAGUCAUGGUCGAACAUCGUCUGAGAUCGCAGCCACCAACUCAUCACCAGCGAUUCACAUUCAUGUAGGCUCAGGCCGCCAACGGGAAGAGGAGCAGAAUUCUCGGCAACUCGCCACCAUUCCCGCACCCCGCGACACUGAUGUGCAGUCGAGUCAAGUGCACAGUGAUACUCGACAGUCAGAGGCCUUUGUUCCCCCACCACCACCGGCAUCGCCGUCCGAGCAAGCCUAUCACAGACGUGAGGGCCGCCGCAGGUCACUGGACUCUGCUUCUCUUGCAGAGCUAGUGGGCGAGUCGAUUAGAAUUCUUCUGCAAGACCCCAAGAAUGUUGCAAUUGCUGUCCUAGUCGUCCUGAUUGCUAUGCUUGCUGGUCAAUUCGCGAAGCGCGAUGAGCACGGCGUCGAGCUUUACAAGCCACAGCAGCCUCACCAAUAUCAGCACCACCAGCUUGACACCCGAGAACCUGUGGGUCAGGUUAUCAUGAAUACGCCUGCCGUGCAGCGCAUCGAGACUGUGCCGCCACAGCCAGUUGCAGAGACAGUUUACAAGACUGUGACUGAAUCUCCGAGAUCUUCAGAGUCCCCGCUGGUGGAGACAAUCUACAAGACCAUCGUUGAGUCCUCGUCUCCGGUGUCCUCAUCCUCCCAGCACACAGAAACUAUCUACCAGACGAUAGUUGAGCCUCCAGUUCAGGAGAAGCCAACGCCAAUUGUCGAGACUGUCUAUACCACGGUGACACAAUCUUUGGCCCAGCCCCAUUCCCAAUCAACAAACCAAGCACUCGAGAACGCCCGUGAGUUCACACCCAGAAGCGCCGACCCCAGUACUGUUUUGAACCCCUUGUCCAUCGUUUCGGGCGGCGAAUCUGGCAUUUAUGCCUCUUCGCCAUCCCCCGCGUCUGAAUUUGGAUUUGUUGCUGCUUCCCCUUCUUCGACUGCCGAACGCGACAUCGAGCCGGAAUUUUACUCUAACGAGGAUACACUCAAGGCCAACAACAGUGAGGAGGCUGUGAUAGAAACCGAGGUCGACCAUAUCAUCACGACGAUGUUCCAUCCGACUUGUAGCGUGAGUGACAAGAUCAUUGUCUCGGAGUCUCAGCUACUAGACAACCUCCAUCCCGAAAUUCCCAUGCAACACCCUGCACCUCCCGAGUCUCAGUCAAACUCAAUGUCCAAUAAAGAAAGUCCUGGGGAAGUGGACCGCGAGCCACUAGCACACACACCUAUUGAGCCAGGCACGGUGAUAAAGGAACAGUCGCCUCAUUCGUCAUCUGCUCCCUCAUCAAGCAUCACAGAUGCUGCGAUCGAUGAGAAAACGGUAGUUAAGAUCGCCGAGACAAUCACGGAGACCGUGGUUGUCACGGCCACACGGACAAACUUUCAGCCAGAAUUGGGCGCCACAGGAGACUCCAGAGCGUCCGAGUCCGACGAGGCAGCGUAG